UAGAAAAGCAAUGAGUGUGUUUCACGGCAAAGGACCCACAUGUGUGUGGAGGAUUGGGUUUCAUUGGGUUUCAGGGCGUGCAUAAUAAAGACCCAUCUUGUGCUCUUGCAUGAAUGAUGGUGUUAGGGACAUUUUUUUUAGCACAGUGGCUCCCCUGUACUUUUUCUUUAAUGGUAAUGAGUGGUUUUGGUGCCUUGUGUCGUUUGAGGGUUUGAAUUUGGGAAUCUUCUUGGUGGGUUUAAGGGUGGAAAAAAAAUUUACCGACUUUUUUUUGGUUUUUUGGGUUUGGCUGUGGACAGCUGGGUGGUUUUGGGGGCAGAGAAGAUUGAAGGGGUUGACCUAAUUUGGGUGUCUGGUUGAGGGAUUUCUUUUGGGGUUGUGGCCUGUGGGAUUGGAUUUGGGUCAUUUUUUAAGUGGGUGUGUGUUAAUGGAGUGGUUUUAGGUUUUUGAUGGGUUUUGGACUGGGUUUUUGAAGGCAUAUGCGUUGUUCUCUUAAAUCUACUGGUAGAUUUGGGGUAGUUUUGCUGGAAAAUUUAGUGGGAUUCUUCUUCAAAGUGCUGUUUUUUGGCUGGUAUACAAGGGAAGAAACCACAUUGUGGUGCUUUUUCAAGUUUCUGAGAGACUUGGUUUGAGAAUUUCCGGUUUGGUCGUUCAUGGUUUUUCUGGUUGAUUUUGGUUUCUUGAGGGUAAAAAUCAACUGGAUUUCUGUUUCUACUACUAAAAUUGCUCUACUUGAACCAAAGGGUUUAUUGGGUGUGAAAAUACGCUCUUCAGUGUGAGGUAGAGGCCGAGUAGAGUUGUCUUUGGGUUUCACAUUAGCUCAGCCCUUUUCUUGCAGUUUUAAGGUGCUUUUAUUGUGAGAAAAUGGCUUGCAUGAAACUGGGAUCCAAAACUGAUGCAUUCCAACGGCAAGGGCAGGCCUGGUUCUGCACAACUGGACUUCCUAGUGAUAUUGUUGUUGAAGUUGGGGAGAUGUCCUUUCAUCUUCACAAGUUCCCUUUGCUCUCUAGAAGCGGGGUUAUGGAAAAAUUGAUUGCAAAAGCAUCUGAAGAUGGAGACGAAGGAUGUGUCAUAAACCUUCCUGACAUUCCUGGUGGGGCUAAAACUUUUGAACUUGUGGCCAAGUUCUGCUAUGGGGUGAAGCUUGAACUUACAUCCUCAAAUGUUGUGUACCUACGCUGUGCUGCCGAGCAUCUUGAAAUGAAAGAGGAGUAUGGUGAAGGCAAUUUGAUUACUCAGACUGAGACCUUUCUGAAUCAAGUAGUUCUUCGUAGUUGGAAAGACUCACUAAAGGCUCUGCAAACCUGUGAUGAUGUUCUCCCCUAUGCUGAAGAACUUAACAUUACAAAAAGGUGCAUUGAGUCGCUAGCUACUAAGGCAUGUACUGACCCAAAUCUAUUUGGCUGGCCUGUUAUGGAGCAUAGUGGGCCCAUGCAGAGCCCCGGAGGGAGUGUGUUGUGGAAUGGGAUAAGUACAGGGGCUAAACCAAAGAAUGCGAGUUCAGAUUGGUGGUACGAUGACGUAUGUACUUUAAGUUUGCCUCUCUAUAAGAGGUUGAUUUCAGUCAUGGAAGCUCGGGGCAUCAAACAGGAUAUUAUUGCUGGGUCCCUCACUUGCUAUGCAAAAAGGUACCUGCCAGGUUUGAAUCGGCGUCAGGGAGCCAGUGAGUCCAGUAACCGUCUGGCACCAGUGGCUAUGGGGGCUCCGCCAUCAGAAGAAGACCAGAAGCUUUUCUUGGAAGAGAUUGAUAGGCUACUUCCAAUACAGAAGGGCCUAAUGCCAACUAAGAUCUUAUUUGGUCUACUUCGAACAUCCAUGAUUCUGCGAGUCAGCCAGUCUUGCAUAUCAAAUUUGGAGAAAAGAAUUGGGAUGCAGCUUGAUCAAGCUACAGUGGAAGAUCUGUUGAUGCCCAAUUUCUCUUAUUCCAUGGAGACACUAUACAAUGUUGACUGUGUGCAACGGAUUCUUGAGCACUUUCUUGAGAUGGAUCAGGUUUCAGGUGGGGCCUCUCCAUGUGCAAUCGAUGAUGGCCAAUUGAUUGGCUCACCUUCAUUGACACCAGUCACAAUGGUAGCCAAGCUAAUCGAUGGGUACCUCGCAGAGGUUGCCCCUGAUGUUAAUUUGAAGCCCCCCAAAUUUCAGGCUCUUGCUGCUGCAGUUCCUGACUAUGCAAGGCCCUUGGAUGAUGGUCUUUACCGCGCGAUAGACAUUUAUCUGAAGUCACACCCAUGGUUGGCAGAGUCGGAAAGAGAACAACUCUGCAGGCUGAUGGACUGCCAGAAGCUUUCCUUAGAAGCAUGCACCCAUGCUGCACAGAAUGAGAGGCUUCCUCUUAGAAUAGUUGUUCAAGUUCUCUUCUUUGAGCAGCUUCAGCUCAGGACAUCCAUUGCUGGCUGCUUUCUGGUUUCAGAUAAUCUUGAUGGAUCAAGACAGUUAAGAAGUGGGAUUGCUGCAUCUAAUGAAGGAGGAGGAGGAGGAGGAGGAGGCUGGGCCACCGCCGUGAGGGAGAAUCAGGUUUUGAAGGUCGGAAUGGAUCACAUGAGGUUGCGAGUAUCUGAGCUGGAGAAGGAAUGUACAAACAUGAGGCAGGAGAUUGAGAAGUUGGGUCGUGUAAAGGGUUCGAGUGCCUGGGGAAGCGUGUCGAAGAAAUUUGGGUUUAAGUUGAAGUCUCAGAUGUGCAGUGCUCAAGCUGAAUCUGUUAGCAAUCAGAAUACUGGUAAUGGGAAGGUCGAGAAGUUGAAGGAAAGGCAUGGAAAGAACAAGAAAAAUUCAUCUCAUAUUGAAUAGACCAUUUCCUUUCUUAAUUGUUUAUUAUUUUGUACCAUUUCCUUCAUAACUUAUCAUUUGUAAUUCCACUUUUUUUUAAUCUCCAAGUUAGAAACGAAGAUUUCAUCUCCCCCUUCUGUUUGUUUGCUUUUAGUUUUCCCUUCAUCGAUCUUAACCAAGUAUGAUAUAGAGAUGGAUGGAAGAAAGUGUAAUGUGUUUUUUGUAACUGAAGCAAGGGUCUCUCUCUCUCUCU